GUAAAGCGCGGGGUGUUGACAGCGGCCGGCGGAGCAGGAACUCGGCCCGGCGGGACACGGAGCCAUGAGCCGAGCCAGGAGGGUCCCGGGCCGGGGGGCGGCCAUGGCCAGGCAGAUGGGGCUGCUGGCGGAUCCCGGUACCGGGGGCGGUCCCGGUGGGGACGGGGAGGCGGCGCUGGAGGCGGAGCUGCUGCAGCUGCUGCGGGGCCGGGAGGGGGAGCGACCCCGACCCCCCCAGCAAGAUGUGGCAGCGGUGAAGGCCCUGGCCCAGCUCUGCCUUCAGGACCCCCCCGAGGAGGAGGAGGAGGAGGAAGGGGAGGAAGAUCUGGAGAACGAGGAGGAGCUGUUGGCAGAGCUGCAGGAGGUGCUGGAGGAGGGGUCCGGGAGCACAGAGGAUGCAGAGACCCCACAGGACCCCGGCCCCGCGGGGGCGCUGCUGGCCGAGCUGUCGGAGCGGGCGGAGCUUUACCGGGCCGCCCUCGCCAACACCGCCGGGAGCAGCGGGAGCAGCGGGGCGCGGCUGCGGCGCCUCCAGCGCGGCCUCAAGACCCUGGAGCAGAUGCUGGACUCCGUCCGCAGCGGGAAGCCGAUCAACCGUGCUGACAUUCCCCCUCCUGUGGCUCUGGGCAAGCCUGGAGGGACCCCUGAGCUGCCCCAGUGCAGCCCCCAGCCCCCAAUCCCCCCCUGGAUCCAUCCCCGGACCCCAAUCCCGACCCUGAUCCCAAUCCCAGCCCCAUCCCGAUCCCGAUCCCCGCCGGCGCCUCCAGGAGCUGCAGAGGGAAGCUCUGCUGGCCAAACGCCGUGGGGACAACGCCACAGCCCUGAGCCACUUCAGGGCGGCCAAGAGGUUGCAGGCGCAGCUGGAGGCGCUGGGGCUAGGCGCUGA